CUUAGGUCUGUAUAUAUAGACAACCAGUGCAAUCUGAGGUUUUUAUGUUAAACCAAAAUAGAAAACCUUUUAUAUCCGGUGAAAAAAAAACUCAUUCUCUUGUGACACCAGAUAUUAAUCAUAAUUCAUAUCUAUUCUAUUAUAUCCAUCAUCCAUGCUACGGAAAAAGCAACAAUGUGGUUUUAGGAUCCCUUGGAUCUCAGGUCCUUCCACCACUGAAUCUCAUUCUCCUCCUCCAAAACAAAAAUCAAAAUCUCUUUCCACUCAUCGACCACCAUUUCGUCCUCAUGGAAUAGCCUCUACCCCACAACAACCUCCACCUCUUCCUCCUAAUGGAACCUCAAAAACAAAACCUCAACAAGUGUCAAAUUCUCUUCCAUCGCAUUCACCAGCACCUUCAGUGAUCAUUGACUCCCCAGUGUCUUUUCAGCCAGAAUCCCCUUCUACACCUACAGAGCCAAAUGUGAAGGAAUUGGAGUUGGAUAGCACUCCUACUCAGAAUUCCAAUGGCAACAACAUGGAGAGAAAGAUGAUGUUUGCCACGUCGACUCCUAGCGGGAAAGACAUCAAAGUUGUGCCACCAGCCUCAGCAUCAGCAACCAUAUCAUUAUCCACCAAUGAUGAUAUUUCAGCUCUGAAUCCAACACUGAACGUGGAUGACAAAACAGUAAGUGUGGUAACUCUGGCUGGUGACAACAGAGGAGUGACAAUGCACGUGGCGGGUUCUCACUCAACUAGGCCCAAACCUGAAGGGAAGAAGAGCGCGUCCACCGAGAAAGAUGAAGCGGGGAAGACAUACGUAAACAGUAACAUUCAGAGCAUCAACAAUUCGAUCAUGUCGAACGGUUCCAUCAAUGGAAGAGACCCUGGUGUUCGUGUUAUUCUCCCCCAACAACCGUGUUUGGAAAAACCUAAGGCUGAAGUUAGCAUUAACCGCGCAGAGAUGGUGCCUUACCGGCCUGUGGUUCGAAGACGAUGCCUCAGGGGACUUUUCCAUGAACCCAGUGACUCUGAACCUGAUAACCCUGACAAGCCUCGUCGUCAUGGUUGCAAGUUUAGAUGCGGAGACAUUGAUACAAAGGAUAAGGAAACUGUAACAAAAUAAAGAACAACAUAGUCUUAUUUACUUCAUUACCUGAGACAUUAUAUACCAGGGUUUUUGUUUUGAUGUUUUA